CCUUGUGGCGGUCAUUUUGGCUUCUUUCAGGUGAGGUUCGCCUCCCAGAGGCUCGGAGCCAGGGGUCCUAAAAGAGAAGGCGCCAGAGGCCUCCACAGGGGCGAGUCCAAGGCUUGGCGGCGGCGCACCUCGGUGUGACCCGCAGCAGGGUGAGAUCGGGACCUCCGCGCCUCAGACUCCGCUCCGCCCACAGCGUCAGAUGGCGGCGGCGGCGCUGAGGGACCCGCCUCAGGGUAUGAAAUUUGAGGAUGUGGCCAUUGACUUCUCCCAGGAGGAGUGGGGGCUCCUUGAUGAGGCUCAGAGAUUCCUGUACUACAAUGUGAUGCUGGAAAACUUUGCACUUGUAGCAUCCCUAGGUUGUUGGCAUGGAACAGAAGAUGAGGAGGUCCCUUCUGAGCAGAGUAUAUCUGUAGAAGGAGAGUCACAGGUCAGGGCUUCUAAGACAGGUCCAUCCACCCAGAAGACCCACCCCUGUGAGAUGUAUGUCCCCAUCUUAAAAGAUGUUUUGCACCAAGCUGAGCACCAAACAGUAUACCCUUUGCAGAAACCAGACUUGGGUGGCACAUGUGUGAGAUGCUUCUGUUUCAUUGCAAAGCUUCUCUGGCAACAGAGACAUGACAGUGUAGAGAAGCCCUGGAAAAGAGAUGUGGACAGGGCCUCAUUUGUGAGGAGCUGCAGCUUCUUUCUAUCAGAGAAGCCUUUCACCUGUAGGGAGGCUGGGGAGGACUUCCCAGCCACCUUAGGCCUUCUCCAGCACAAGGCCAUAACCAACAGUGAGAAACCACAGAGCGGCACCGAGAGUGGACAGGCCUUUUGCAGUGAAAAAAGUCAUUACAAGAGGGGUGAAUGUGAAAAAGUUGCCAGCCACAACCACACACUUGUUCAAGAUCAAUGUGUCCACUCUAAAGAAGGACUUUAUGAGUGUAACAAAUGUAGGAAAGCCUUCAACUGCAACUACAGACUUGUUCAGCGCCAGCAAAUUCACACUGGACAAAGGCCAUAUGAGUGUGGUGAAUGUGGGAAAUUCUUUACCCAGGUCUCUGGCCUUGUUAAACAUCAGAGAAUUCACAGUGGUAUAAAGCCUUAUAAAUGUAGAGAAUGUGGAAAAUUAUUUACCCACAACUUUAGUCUUAGAAAACACCAGAGAAUUCACACUGGAAAAAGGACUUAUGAAUGCAGUGAAUGUGGAAAAGUCUUCAGUCACAAAUCUAAUUUCAUUUACCACCAGAGGAAACAUACUGGAGGAAUGCAUUUUGAGUGUGGUGAAUGUGGGAAAUUCUUUAGCUACAAAUCCAACCUCAUUGAACACCAGAGAGUUCACACUAAAGAAAGACCUUAUGAAUGCAGUGUAUGUGGGAAAUCUUUUAGACAAAGUUCUAGCCUUUUCCGACACCAGAGAGUUCACACUGGAGAAAGGCCUUAUGAGUGCAGUGAAUGUGGGAAAGCUUUUAGACAAAUUUUUAAUCUCAUUCGACAUGGUAGAGUUCACACUGGAGAAAUGCCUUAUGAGUGUAGUGAAUGUGGGAAAUCUUUUAGCUGCAAAUCUGAACUUGUUCAACACCAGAGAAUUCACAGUGGAGAAAGGCCUUAUGUAUGCAGUGAAUGUGGGAAGUCCUUUAGACAGUUCUCUAACCUCAUUCGACACCGGAGUGUUCAUACUGGAGAAAAACCAUAUGAGUGCAGUGUUUGUGGAAAAUCCUUUAGUCGCAAAUUUAUCCUCAUUCAACAUCAGAGAGUUCACACUGGAGAAAGACCUUAUGAAUGCAGUGAAUGUGGAAAAUCCUUUACCCGCAAAUCUGACCUCAUUCAACACCAGAGAAUUCAUACUGGCACAAGACCUUAUGAAUGCAGUGAAUGUGGGAAAUCCUUUAGACAACGCUCUGGCCUUAUUCAACACAGGAGAAUUCAUUCUGGAGAAAAGCCUUAUGAAUGUGGGGAAUGUGGGAAAUCCUUUAGCCAAAGUGCUUCCCUUAUUCAACAUCAGAGAGUUCACACUGGAGAAAAGCCGUAUGAAUGUAACAAAUGUGGGAAAUCCUUUAGCCAAAGUUCUAGCCUCAUUCAACACCAGAGAGGUCACACUGGUGAGAGGCCUUAUGAGUGCAGUGAAUGUGGGAAACUCUUUACCCACAAAUCUGACCUCAUUCAGCACCAGAGAGUUCACACAGGAGAAAGACCUUAUGAGUGUAGUGAAUGUGAGAAAACCUUUAGCCGCAAAUCUAACCUCCUUAGACACUGGAGAGUUCACGCUGGGGAAAAGCCUUAAAUGUGCUGGGAAUGUUUUAUUUCCUCACUCAGUAUAACAACACUGGAGGAGACUCUGUGUGAGAGCCACUUACCUGAAUUUAAACCUCUUUUAUUCAGACAUACACCAUGCAAGAUUCCUCAUAAGGUUCAGUUACAUCUGAGGUUUUAAGGAGAUGCAUUGUACUUCCUAACCUGCCCAAAGUUGUUGUUACAUUUAUGUCACUGCCAGGUUCUGUGGCUGAAGCCAUUUCACCUCUGAACAUCAGUCACCACUCCAGCAGGCUCAGGAAAGCUGACCUCUGUGUUCUCCCAUUUGCUUGAGGAAAUUAUGAAUAGCCCAAGGCCUUACCAGGAUCCUCAUUACUUUCUCUCUGAUUUUAGGGAAUGGUCCUGACCCAGUUUUGGUCCAAAGGAUCUAUCCUCAGCUUGCUAAGGACUGCCUUUUUCAGGGGCAUUAUUGUUCCCACAUCAUACUUAUAAUUAAUUUUCCCAGGUUCUAACUUACCAACCUGGAAACUGCUUGCUGCACAUUGCUCUGGUUUGUGAUCUUUUUUAAAGGCCUGCUCUUGCAGCUUUAAUUUUGGUGGUUCUGGUCUCUCUUCCAUGGGGUUUGGAAGCAGAAUUGUGAUCUGUUACCAUGUAGGGGUGAACAGAUUUUGUGGGGAUCCCAAACUUUCUAUGCUUUUUGGGACCUUGUGAUGGCAGGAACGAGCUCUUUGUCCAACAUUGGUCUAAUUUGCAGUGCUCCCCAGGGCAUUGAAAGAAAGACUGCAGGGCUUUGUGGUCCUAAUUUGUAGACUGGCACCAGGAUUUUUGGAGAGGUCGGAAGUCACCCUGAAGAGAAGGCAUUUGUUGUGAGCUCCCCCAGUUCUUCUGUGACCAACAUGGAUUUUAUUCCCUUGUUCACGUAAUUCCCAGCACCAUUGAGGGGACCUCUUCCUCAGGUCCUGUAAAGGAGCCUUGUGCCAUGAUGUACAAAUUUUCAUAGGCUAGUGUCAUUUAUUGUUAAACUGUAAGGGUCAGGUAGAACCAUAAUUGCUGUUACUGAACCAAAGUCAGGUCCACUUGUCCAUGCAUAGCACAGCCAAGCUACUGAUACCAGGUGGUGGUGAAGUGAAGUACAGCAUUUAUUGCAGGGCACCAAGCAGAAAGAAUGGGCAGAUAAUGUUUCAGAAGACCUGAACUCCCCAGUGGUUUUCAAGGCAGCAUUUUUAUUUUAUUUUAUUUUUAUUAAUUUACUUUUUGGCUGCAUUGGAUCUUCGUUGCUGCACGAGGACUUUUUCUACUUGUAGCAAGCAGGGGCUACUCUUCAUUGUGGUGUGUGGGUUUCUUAUUGAGGUGGCUUCUUUUGUGCUGGAGCACAGGCUCUAGGUGCACAGGCUUCAGUAGUUGUGGCUCGUGGGCUCUAGAGCACAGGCUCCAUAGUUGUGGCGCACGGGCUUAGUUGCUCUGCAGCAUGUUGUAUCUUCCUGGAGCAGGGAUCGAACCCGUGUCCCCUGCAUUGGCAGGUGGAUUCUUAACCACUGUGCCACAAGGGAAGUCCCAAGGAAGGGUUUUUAAAGGCAACAUUUGAUUUGAGUGUUGCAGCUCAUAGACUUUCUUCUGACUGCUUAGUAUGGAGGUACAGGGUGAUGUUUCUGUUAUUUUAAUCACCAGCCUACUAGUUCCAGCCAGUCUGGGGUCUAUGUGCUUGUGGUCAGCAUGUAGUCACCAUUUUCCACCCGCGUGGGAGUCUUGGUUUCUGCCGGACAGCAUAGCACAGAGAUAUGUGUCAGAUUAUUGUUAUGUGUAUCACUUGAGGAGGAUCUAGGACUCUGUUUUAUUGCUGAACUAUUGUUUAAGCUGUUGUUACUUUUCUUCCUUGACUGUUUUCUUUUUUUUCUGCAUUCCCUCACUUCUCUAAUUAGGAACUGCUUGAGUCUGCUCUUUGGAACUCAGGGAAGGCCUUGAAGACUAAAACCUUUUUCUGCUAACAAACAAGGGACAUGGAGGGGCUUUUGUACA